AUGUUCGAAAUCAACAAGCUCCCUUGGGAGCUGCGGGAUGGAAUCUACGAAGCUGCUUUAGUCCGAGAUGUGGUCAUCGUCGCUGCCAUUGAGCUUCAAAAUGCGAAAACAUCUCUCGCUCUACCUGGCAAGAUACCAGAAGUCCCCCAAUUAAGGGAACGGGAAUCGACUGGGCAAGAGUCCACGAAGAAUCCGUCACAAACUCUUACCACCGUCAAUGCUCUAACGAGGGUGCUCCCAACCUGA